CUCUUUACCCAUUGUUUGCUCAAAACGCUCUCUGCUCUCUCUCUCUCUCUCUCUUCAAAGACUCGCAGGGAAAGCUACGUGCCAAUUCUCGACUACUCGGUAAAGAGAGAGGGGGAGAGAGAAGGCGGUGCGAACACAUUCUCUCUCUCUCCAUAUCUAGCUGAUACGUGGAACGUGCGACCGAUUGAUCGAUUGAUUGAUCGUCUCCGGCACCGGCGUAUCGUACUGCAGAUUCGAGAACUCAACCCUUACAUUUUGCGUCUCCGCAGAACCAAUUGCUUGAAGUAAGUCUCGUUGAACUUUUGCCUCUAUUGGAUAUUUGCAUGUCGAUUGUAAUGUUGUGGAGUUGAUAAGAGGAUGGGGAACAAGAAGCGAAACGUCGCGGCUCCGAGCUCUAAAGCGGCGCCGGCUGAUGGCGAUGGAGGCGCGGCGUACGAGAGUGUUAUUAGUUCAGUCCAGGUGGAGCAAAACCUAGGUUCGAGUUCCUCACUCGAGCAACGGAAACAGCAGAGUAAAGCGGUGAUCGAGGCGUCCGUUGCCGAAUCGGACGCUUCGUCUUCCUCCAGAGUCAAGCUCGAAUGCAAGCGGGCUCUGACGGCGCUUCGCCGGGGGAACCAUACGAAAGCCCUAAGGAUUAUGAAGGAGACGUGCGCGAAACAUGAAAACUCGGUGCACUCGGCCUUGAUUCACCGGGUUCAAGGGACGGUGUCUGCCAAAGUUUUUGCAAUUAUAGAUGACCCCAUCGCAAAACAGCGACAUUUGAAAAAUGCUAUCGAGUCAGCAAAGAAAGCAGUGUCAUUGUCACCUAAUUCUGUUGAGUUUGCCCUUUUUUAUGCCAAUCUGUUGUAUGAUGGGAAGGAGUACGAAGAGGUGCUGCAGGAGUGUGACAGGGCUCUGGCCAUUCAGAAUCCAGUUGAUCCUGCCAAGGAGAGCUUGCAGGAUGAGAGCCAGCAGAGUAUUGCAACUGGUGAAGCCCGGAUUGAACAUGUACAGAAAGAGCUCCGGUCGCUCAUUCAAAAGGCAAACUUAGCUUCUAUUUCGUCCUGGAUGAAGUUUCGGGUGAUUUCCACAAAGGGGCCUGCAGAGGAUCCAAUGGAGCCAACGUCGUUGCAAGCAAGGCGGCCAAAUGAGAUCAAGAAGGCAACUAAAACGCCAGAAGAAAGAAGAAAGGAGAUUGAAGUUCGGGUGGCUGCUGCAAGACUGCUGCAGCAUAAGUCAGAGACUCCCCAAUCACAAAACGAUGAUGGUAAGGCUUUGGACUCAUCGUCUGGGUCCGUUCAUAGAGUGGGUGAGCGGCGGAGGUUUGCAACUACAAGGAAGAGGGCGCUUUCUGCAGAGAGAAGGGCCCGGGUUCGGUCAUAUUGGAAUAACAUCUGCUUGGAUACGAAGAAAGACUUGCUUAGAAUUGUGAUCUCAGAACUUAAAUCCCAUUUUAGUUCCUUGAAGGAUAGCUCGGCAAAUGAAGUCCUAUCAGAAGCUAUCUCGUUUGCUGAAUGCAAUAGAACAUGGAAACUCUGGAUGUGCUGCCGCUGUAAUGAGAAGUUUGCGGACUUUGAAUCGCAGAUGCAGCAUGUUUUGAGGGAGCAUAUGGGGAAUCUCUUUCCCCAAAUGCAGCCACUUUUGCCUCAAACUGUUGACAGUGAAUGGGUUGAAAUGCUUCUUAACUGUUCUUGGAAACCAGUAGAUGUCGAUGCUGCAGUAAAAUUACUUGAUGAGCAGUUGAGUCCCCAGUUUCCUGAACUUCUUGAUGAGUCAUACCCAAGAAAUUGUACAAAAGAGUUUGACUGCUUGGCUGACAAAUAUUGCUCUGAAGAUGCUUGGGAUUUGCCCCUUCAAAAGGGGAAGUUCUGUGAUACUUGUAAUGGUGAUAAUGUGCAGGGAAAAACCUAUCAAAAGGUUUCUGACAUUAGGCAUAGAGAAUGUGAUGGGAAUCUGAUUGGCAAGGCAUGUGUCCUUCCCAAUUUGUGGCCUUUGUCUGAUGAUACAGAACGUGCAAAGCUCCUUGAGAAAAUCCAUCUCAAUUUCCAGUUGCUUAUUGGGCAUAAAUGCCUUGCUGCUAGUCACGUUCACAAGAUAAUGCGAGAUGCAGUGAAUGAACUACAGGGCCUUGCCUCUAUUUCUCGUCUCCUCAACUAUGGCAUUGACCAAAUACCUGUAUGCAUCUGCUUCUUGGGAGCCGGUGAGCUUAAGAAAGUACUUAAAUACUUGCAGGAGUUGUCCAAUUCUUGUGGGUUAGGUAGAUAUUCUGAGAAGAGUAGUUCAUUUGACUAUUCUGGUGCUGGCACUAAUGGGACUGAAAUCGUGGAGGAGAUAGUUCUCAGUGAAGAUGCAUCCUAUCUUCUUUUUGAUGAGCACUUCUUGGCUUCCAGUCUUGCUUCCACCUGCCAUAGUAUUGACACAGAUGAUGCUUUCGGACCAACUUCCACCAGUGUUGGCUAUAAAAGUUCAGUUCUACUUGAUGCAGAUGCUUUUUUGUCCUGGAUAUUUGCUGGUCCCACAGCUGAGGAACAACUGGCUUCAUGGACACACUUGAGAGAAGAGAAAGAACAUCAAGGGAGGGAGAUUCUACAAACGCUCGAGAAGGAACUUUACCAGCUUCAGGGCAUUUAUGAGAAAAAAUGUAAUCAUUUAAGCUAUGAGGACGCACGGCAGGCAGUGGAGUCCCUUUAUCUUGAAGAAGGAAAGAAAAGGGAGCAUGUAAGAGAAGUUGUUUGUCAGAGUUAUGAGUCUGUGACUGUGUUAAGAAAACGACGAGAAGAACUUAUCCAAAGUGACAAUGAUAUAAUGUCUAGGAGGAACAAGUUUGAGUUAGAUGCAAUAUCAAAUGUUUUGAGAGAUGACAAUGAUAUAAUGUCUAUGAGGAACAAGUUUGAGUUAGAUGCAAUAUCAAAUGUUUUGAGAGAAGCAGAAGCCCUGAAUGUCAGUCAGUUUGGAUCUGAGGAAACUUAUAAUGGUGUAACCAAUCAUCUACGCAACUUGGAAUCCAGUGAAGGUGAUGCUUCAGGAACGAAGAAGUAUCUGCAUCAACUGGACUCUUGCAUAGAAGUUGCAAUCCAGAGGCAGAAAGAACAAAUAGCCUCAGAGCUCGGCAAAAUCGAUGCGAUAAUGAUGCAAUAUCUCACUGAGUUGCAGCAGAUGGAAGCUAAGCUUGAGCAACUAUCAGCCCUUGAUUAUCGGUCAAUAUUAGUGCCCCUUACAAAAUCUUUUAUCCUGGCACACUUGGAGGAUCUGGCCAAAAAAGAAGCAACUGAGAAAUCUGAUGCUGCUAGAGAAGCAUUUUUAGCAGAACUUGCUCUUGACAGUAAAAAAGGCAUUGCUGGAAGGAGUUAUAGUUUGACACAUCCACAUGAAAAGAUGAAGGACAAGAAGAAAAAUAAGGAAAACAGGAAAACCAAGGAUUUAAAGGCUACUGGCAAUAAUGAGCGUAUGCCUUGCUAUGAGACUGCUGAUGGGAGUUCGUCUCCAGUGGCAUCCAAUGUAGAUGACGCAGGUUCCAAAAUUGUUGAAUCAGUAAGUGUUGAUACCUUAAAACAGCAGGAAGAGGAACAUAGGCGGAGAAUUGAAUUAGAAGCAGAGGAAAGAAAGCUUGAAGAAACUCUGGAGUAUCAGAGACGCAUCGAGGAUGAGGCUAAACAAAAGCACCUGGCUGAGCAGAAGAAAACAACAGGAACCAUUCCACAUAAACACAGCAAUAGUGAUCAAAACAUACAUGAGCAAUUAAAAGAUUAUAAGCAGGGACCCCUGAUCCAGAAGAAUGGAUCCCCAAAGGUUUUAGAAAGUGUGCCUGUCAAUACUGAUAGAGCUGCAGAAGGGAUUGGUAAUAUGCAUGAUCACCAUCAAACAAAAUGUGAACAAGGCUUACCUGAUGGAGAAGAAAUUCAUGAAAAUGGUGCUUCCUAUUCCGAUCGGCGGAUGGGAAGAAAAGGUAGACGUCAGAAGAGUUCCACCAAGUUGCUUGAUGCAAAAUAUCAAGCUUUGUCAUCUGAGAAACAAAACAUUGAAGUUGCAGAAACUAUAGUUAAGGAUAGUCCUGAUGGUGACAGCUAUAAUCCUUCUUUGGGAGAUAAUGGAAUGAAGACACUAAGGCAAUUACAAGCUGAGGAGGAUGAGGAAAAGUUCCAAGCUGACGUUAAACAAGCUAUGCGUCAAAGUCUUGACACAUUUCAUUUACAUCAGAAAUUGCCCUUGCUCACAAGUUCAUCACAAAGGAUGCCCUCUCAUGUGGAUGAUUUAGAUGCUUCAAUUAAUGAAGUCAUGUGGCAACCUGUGGAUGGGGCAGAUAUAUGUGGUACUGGGCUGAAGAAUGAAAUUGGAGAAUACAACUGUUUUCUAAAUGUUAUCAUACAGUCGUUAUGGCACUUAAGACGGUUUCGAGAUGAAUUCCUGGGGCUAUCAACAUCAGCACAUGUUCAUGUUGGAGAUCCUUGCGUUACAUGUGCACUACAUGAUAUUUUUACUGCCUUGAGCAUGGCAUCUACAGACAUGCGUAGAGAAGCUGUUGCCCCCACUUCUCUUAGGGUUGCUUUAAGCAACUUGUAUCCAGAUAGUAAUUUCUUCCAGGAGUCUCAGAUGAAUGAUGCUUCUGAAGUUUUGGGAGUAAUAUUUGAUUGCCUUCAUCGUUCAUUUACAUCUGGUCUGGAUGUUUCGGUAGAAAAUAAUUGCACAAGCUCUUGGGACUGCAAUAACACUGCUUGUAUUGCCCAUUCUCUUUUUGGAAUGGACAUUUUUGAGAGAAUGGAUUGCUACAACUGUGGUUUGGAGUCCAGACACCUGAAGUACACUUCUUUCUUUCAUAAUAUCAAUGCCAGUGCCCUAAGAACAACCAAGGAAAUCUGUGCGGAAUGCUCCUUUGAUGAGCUUCUAAACCUUGUAGAGGUGAAUCACCAACUGGCUUGUGACCUGGAGGCUGGUGGAUGUGGGAAGCUUAACCAUAUUCAUCAUAUUCUUUCAACUCCACCACAUGUUUUCACAACAGUUCUGGGCUGGCAGAACACUUGUGAGAGUGCUGAGGACAUAACAGCAACACUGGCAGCUCUAGCUACUGAAGUAGAUAUUGGUGUCCUUUAUCGGGGACUUGAUCCACAAAACAAACGUUGCUUGGUGUCAGUGGUUUGCUAUUACGGGCAACAUUACCAUUGCUUCGCUUAUAGUCAUGAACAUGAACACUGGGUGAUGUAUGAUGACAAAACUGUAAAGGUAAUUGGUAGCUGGGACGAUGUUCUCUCCAUUUGUAAGCGAGGACGUUUGCAACCUCAGGUUCUCUUCUUCGAGGCUGUAAACUAGUUUCUAUCUCGAAGUUAUCAAUCAGUUGGUGUGCGUGGCUUUGCUGCGAAGUACAGCUUGCAGUCUUCAGUAAGAAGUCAUAAAAUUUUGAAUAUAGAAUCAAAAUCUGUGCUAUAGAUAUAUCAAUAGGAGUUCGUUAGGGGAAAACUGGUUGAGAAUAAAUAAAAAAAAAAAUUUGAAAAAGAGAGAAAGGAAGAAAGUUUUGUCUUUAGAAAGAAGAAAACAGGUGAUGGAAUUGGAAGACACAACUGGGCAGAAAGUUUUAGGUUCUUGGUACUGUUUAUUUAAAGUACUCUUUGUCUCGUCCUGUAAAUGGGGCUUCCUUCUAUUCCUUCAAUCUUAUCUAAUAAAAGGUGGUUUGGUAGAAGCGGACAAGGAUUUCCAGGUAAAUGCCCCAGAGCAUACAACAUUACAGCAGAAGCAAAUACUCUCUCUCUCUCUGUUAUACGGAGGUUUUGUACCCAAAAAAAGAAAAAAAAAAAAGAAAAAAGAAAAAGGAACAGAUGGAAGGACCCUUUUGUGGGUUUUUGUUGGGUGUAGGUCACUUACUCUCGGGCCAAUGGAAAUGGAAUUGGGGAUUGAAGACUCUUCUUACCUCAUUUCGGUCUAUUUUUUGACAUGUUUUGGACUUUUUCCUUUACUGGGAAUGAUUGUCAAUUUCCCGUUAUAUGUUGGAUGAUUCCAGGGAAAUAUGUUCAUAUGUUACAUAAAUCUUGCUUUUUGCAAAAUUUUAAAUAAAGAUUUCAGAAAUAUCCAAGUCUAAGACAUGAUACCGA